AUGUGAUCAAGCUAAACGUGAUGACUAAUGAGACGAUGACACUUCUGAAAAACUCUACAUUUGUCACAUUUAACGCUACAAAGUAUUCCAUCUCGCCAGAUCUCAACUAUGCUCUGCUUGGCUAUGAUGUUAAGCAGGGAAUGCCAGAUGACUGCAUGUGUGCAGAAUAACCCAUAUGGAGCCAAUUGAUGCUACAGCUUGCGAGUCUGUGACAAAGGUCUAUCGAUAUUCUUACAUGGCUUCAUAUUCAAUUUACAACUUACAUACCAGAGAAGUCUGGGAACUCAACCCCCCGGAGGUUACCAAUUCAGUCCUGCAGUAUGCAGCCUGGGGAGUGCAAGGGCAGCAGCUGGUUUAUAUUUUUGAAAAUAACAUUUAUUACCAACCAGAUGUACGGAACAGCUCUUUAAGACUCACAGACUCUGGAAAAGAAGGAGCAGUUUUCAAUGGGAUAGCAGACUGGCUGUAUGAAGAGGAGAUACUACACUCCCAUGUUGCCCACUGGUGGUCCCCUGAUGGAAGAAGGCUGGCCUUCCUGAUGAUUAAUGACUCGCUGGUGCCAAGAGUGGUUCUUCCUCGUUUUACUGGUGUUCUCUACCCCAGUGGAUACACGUAUCCUUAUCCCAAGGCUGGCCAGACUAACCCUUCCGUGAAGCUCUAUGUGGUAAAAGUGCAGGGGCUGGCAGACACCGUGGAACUGAGGCCUCCAGCAUCCUUCAAAAGCAGCGAUUAUUACAUUACGAUGGUAAAAUGGAUUAACAGCAACAAGACCGCCGUCAGAUGGCUGGACAGAAACCAGAAAUCUUCCCUCCUUGCAGUAUGUGAGGUCACAACGGGAGACUGCGUCAAGAAGCAUGAAAGAACAUCAAAAUUUUUUCUCACGAUGCAGAAUGAAGAACCUCUCUUUUCAAAUGACGGAAAUACCUUCUUUAUGAUUCUUCCAGAACAGCAGCAGGACAAAGGAGAAUUUCACCACAUUUCAGUUUUUUUUCAUGAGCCAGAGACUGAGGAAAUCAAUGUUCAGAUUCUAACAUCCGGGCAGUGGGAAGUUACUGAAAUCUUGGCAUAUGACGAAAAUCAAAAGGAUGUGUACGUCCUUAGCACUGAAAACUCAUUACAUCAAAGACAACUGUACAGAGUGUCCUAUGUGGGUACAUUUACACGCCAGUGUCUCACCUGCAAUAUCUUCAAGGACAAGUGCACUUACUUCAGCGCUGAAUUUAGUUCUGACUUGCAAUACGUCAUUUUGAAUUGUCAAGGUCCUGGUGUCCCUAAAGUCACUCUUCACAGGCUGAGCGACAUGGAAAUCUCCAGUACUUUGGAAGACAAUGCAAACUUCAGAGAUUUUAUGACCAAACGAGUUCUAAUGAAAGACCUCACAACAGUUUCCUUUGAUGGAUAUGCAUUUCCUUUGCAGUUGACCUUGCCAGCCAACUUUAAUGAAAAGGACCAGUACCCUUUACUGCUGAUGACUGAUGAAGCCCCUGGUAGCCAGUCAAUAACUGAAAAAUUUCAUCUUGACUGGGACUCGGUGUUGAGCAGCUCUGAUGGUGUGAUUGUGGCCCAAUUUGAUAGCAGUGGAAGUGGCUUCCAGGGCCUGAAUAUUAUGAGACAAAUCUAUCAACGUGUGGGAGUCCUUGAAGUUCACGAUUAUCUUAAAGCCAUUCAGCACUUAUUUACUUUACCUUUUAUUGAUAACAGAAGAACAGCUAUAUAUGGUAAGGCUUAUGGAGGAUUCCUUUCAACUCGGCUCUUCUUCUCUUCAGAGAGUCCAUUAAAGUGUACGGUGGCUGUUGCUCCAAUUACGGACUGGCACUUAUACAGUUCAGCAUUUACGGAGCGGUAUUUUGGCCUUCCGCUGGAGAAUAUUCACACAUACAGGGUUUGUAGCCCUCAACAAAACGUGACUGCAAUGAAUGAAAGAAAGUUUCUUCUUGUUCACGGAACAGCCGAUGCCAAGGUUCACUUCCAGCACUCUGCAGAGCUCAUCACGAAGCUAACGCAGUGUAAUAUGAGCUACACCUUCCAGAUGUACCCUGAUGAAGGGCACGACAUUACUUUGAUAAAGAGCAGAUAUUACUUCUACAAUACACUCAUUACCUUUCUCAGGCAAUGCUUUCAUGCAGAACUUCCAUCAGAGUCACAUUUUUCAGAGGAAUAAUCGAAACACUGACUUUGUGCCUCAGGUGGUUGCAAGUAAAGCUCAAGGUCCAACUCUCUCAUUGCUCCGUAUCAUGAGAGUCUAUUGUAUUAUUCUGUACAGUUUGAAAUAUCUGCUUAGAGCUGUCCUUAAUUUCACAAUGUCUGUUUUAAAAAAACAUUGUUAAGCAAUUAAAUAUGUCUGUAGCUAAGUACUGUAAAUAAUAAAAAUAUCAACUUGUCCAAUAUGCAGUCAGUUUACUUUGCUUCAAAAU